GCCCGCGCCCCACCACGCUUUAAAAUGAGCGCUGCGCUUACAGCAGCGUGUUCAGCAUCUCCAUCCUCCAUCUCCAUCCUCCUCAUCGGCCUCCUCGGUCUCCACCUUCCGUAGUGCGGCCAGAGCAGCAAAACCUGCAGACAUGCCGUCGCACGAUGGUCGCUUCAAGCAGCUGGAGCGCAAGCUGCACGUGAAGAACGUGAUGAUCCGUGAGGCCUUGGCCGAGUUCAUGGGAACCUUCCUUCUCGUCCUGUUUGGCUGCGGAUCGGUGGCGCAGGUGGAGCUGAGCGACGGCACCAAGGGGCGGUUCCUCACCAUCAACCUCGCCUUCGGCUUCGCCGUCACCAUGGGCGCCUACUGUGCAGCCGGCGUCUCCGGCGCGCACUUGAACCCGGCGGUGUCGAUGGCGCUGGCGGUGCUCGGCCGCUUCUCUUGGAGCAAGUUCCCCUUGUACGUCACGGCUCAGCUGCUCGGGGCCUUCAUGGGCGCCGGCACCGUCUUCGGCCUCUACUACGACGCCUUCAUGUACGUCUCCAAAGGGAACCUGACGCUGCAGCUCGCAGGGGUCUUCGCCACCUUCCCCUCACCGCAUCUCUCCAUCGGAAACGGAUUUGUGGAUCAGCUGAUCGGCACGGCAGCGCUGCUCGUGUGCAUCCUCGCCGUGAUCGACAAGCGCAACAACCCGGCGCCGCGCGGCAUGCAGCCCUUCCUCAUCGGCCUCGUCGUCGUGCUCAUCGGCCUUUCCAUGGGCUUCAACGCCGGCUACGCCGUGAACCCCGCGCGCGACCUCGGCCCCCGCAUCUUCACCGCCCUCGCCGGCUGGGGCUGGCAGGUCUUCUCGGCGGGCAACUACUGGAGCUGGGUGCCCGUGGUGGCCCCCAUGCUGGGCGGCGUGCUGGGGGCCUUCAUCUACGAGAUCUUCAUUGGCCUGCACCUCCCCGAAGAGCCGGCCUGCUCCGGACCCGAGCCCGGGACCCCGCGGUCGCACCAGGAGCUCGCCAAGCUGCAGUCCAGCAUGGCAGACGCUAUGUGCUGAUAGGGCGCGGGGGUGGGGGUGAGGAGGUGGGGUGACUGGGGGGAGGGGGGCUCUAGUGGGGAACGAUGAAGGCAGCUCCUCCCACGUGGUUUUCGAGCCGUGCCGCCCGUUCUUCGGCGCGAUGUCCGACGUUUCGCCUCCACGUGCCACGAGAGCUUCUUCGGCAACCUAAGAAAUCCACGAUGUCUGAGCAAAACGUCAGACAUCGUGUGCCGAACGACGCGCGGCACGCUCCCCCCUCCCCCCCCCCCCCCCUCCCCCCCCCCCCCCCCCCCCCCCCCCGAGAACCACAUCGGAGAACCGUGCAGCGUGACCGCAAAAAGAACCCUGGACAGUGGGACAAAAGGGGGGCGCGUGGGGCACGGCGACGCGUCAACGGCCCCCUCAACCCCGCCAGGGCGAGGUGCAACGAGGCUGUUGCGUGGACCCCCCGUGUCCGUGGGCGGCAUUCGGUAAUCGGGCCAGAUUCAGUUGCACAAGUUGGCGAGUCGUCUCGUUUCUUCCGCUGAGGUUGUCGUGCCGCGUGUGAACCCCUUUGCCAGGCCACAGAGCCGGGGUCACGCAGCCGGCUCCAUCGCGCUGCAGCGCUGGUGUAGCGUGCGGCGUGGGUGUCGCGAGCUACGAGCGUCCGCGGACUGUGAUGCCAGCGAUGUGGGUGACUUGUAAACCAAAAGCUGCCCGCGUAACAUGAAGUGGGAACCACUCGUUGCGGUCCGUUCAGCUUGAAUUGGCAAACUAUAUUCAUUGCUGACAGUUUUUUGGUUCUAGAUACUAAAUGUACAUUGUAAAGUAAGAGCGACCCCCGCCCCCCCCUGUCCAGCAAAACGUUAUAGUGGAGCCGAUUCUAACUGCGCGGUGAGAAAUAAUUGGGCCUCCCUUAAAGACAAUGGCAAAAUGAGAAUGGUGUUUGUAAUUUUGUUCCGAUCUGGCAUCCCACAUUGAGCAUUUUGGGUCAAAAAAUGUAACAGACUCCCACCAAGAUGAUCAUGAUAUAAUUUUAGUCUAUGUAUCCAUUAUUUCCAGUAAACCUCCUUGUAACAUACCAGCCCUUGCUUUUAAUAGUUAAGUUACUCUCAUUUGAUUUAGCAAAUGUAGUCUUGUUAUCAAAUACUAAGCAUUUCAAAAGUGAAGCUUAAACAUUUUUUUAAAGUUUCAUAAUUAAAAUGGGUGAAGGUCUGCGCAUACACUAGUUAAUGAACCUGAUUUUAUAUACGUUUUUAUUUCAAGACUAAUAAAGAUGUUGGGGUUGUUGGGGAAACGGGGCCGAAGGUCCUGAAGUGUUCUCAAGCGAGCCCGUCGGCUCUUGAGCCGGCUCUGAGCACGGUCCCAGCCACGCUCGGGAUCAAAGCCGAGCCGCGGCUGAGCCGCUCUAUGUCGUCAAAGCGGACCGAGUGGCUCGUCGAGUCCCGGUCCUGACUGCAGUGCCCACGGUCACUUUUAUCGCCCGUGUCCCCCCCCCCCCUCCUCCCUACUGGCAGACCAACAUUGACCUCUCAGGCCGGUGCUGCGUUCACCUUGCGGCCACACAGAGACAGCUGCCACUGGGUGAGGGGGUCCCCCUUGGCUCGACUGCAGCAGGGCAUUGGGAUGGUUGAUGUGAGACGCAAGGCGCUUUGCGUUGCCGAGGCUUUUUGAGCGAAGGGGCGGGGGGGGGGGGGCCUGUACUAGCAACUUUACUCUUCUUCACUUGUACAUCGGUUGCAUAUUAAUUAUUGUAUCUUUGUAUAUGUAAAAGUAAUAUAGUUUUUUUGUGUCCUGUGCUACAAAGUCUUAUAAAGUCUAUGCAUUUCAAUUUAACAGAAUAAAAUAAAAUUGCCUCGAGAGAUAUAGAGUACCCCCCCAUCACUAUGUGUGUGCGGUGUAGUGAGGCGGAGCGGGCGCAGCCUGGGCCUCUGCUUGGUCGACUCGGCCCUUGAAGCGAGAGUCAAUUUUUGUGUGCCAGACUUGGGACAUUAAUGGGCGGGGGGGGGGUGGGGGCGAAGGGAACCGAAUCUCGGCCACGCGGUCAUCGCGUGUGCCGUGGUCGGGAUUCGCUCGCUCGCAAUCGCCAGGAAGGUUAAAGCUGCUGCGAACAACCAUUUCCCUUUGUGAGUGCAAGCACCAAAAUGGCGAUUGCCGAGUUAAGCCGCCGCCCCCCCCCCCCCCCCCCCCCCCCCCCAUUCCCAUUUGUAACGUCGCACGCGCAAUCUUCCCGGCCCGCGACGACCCAAGCGACGCGCUCGCACCCCCUCCUGCUCCCCAGCCUGGCGGACGCCACCCCUCGCCGCGCGCGUCGACUGCACAAGCGGCAGUGGCGGAGGAGCUUUUGGUGCGGUGGUGGUGCUGGGGGUGGGAAGAAAUGACUGUAAAACUAUAUUACGGUAAUAAAAUAUUAGAUUUGUAUUCAACC